CUCCGCACCAGACACACCUCCGCCGCCUCGCCCCCAGGAAAGCCCCAAGCCCCCCUACAGCAGCCCGAAGCCCCCCGCCCUCCCCCAGCCGCCCCCCAGCACCCCACACAUCACCUCCUCCCCCCCAGACAGCCCCAGGGUCAACGGACAGGGGGGGAAGAGAAGGUUGAAAGGAAAGGAAGAGAAGACAGGAUGAGCCAGCUGUCAGUUGUGGCCGCGGUGGUGAUGAUGGUGGUGGUGGUGUCAGCGGCGCCACCAUCAUCACCACACACCUCCAUCACCACCACCACCACCACCCACCUCAGCCCCCCAGACCACGACAGCCCCCUCCUCCUUAGACCCAAGAGAAGGGGACCGGCGCCCCCUCCAAAAUCGGCGACCAUACCUUACUCCAACUAUAGGCGUGUCAGCGGCGUCCACAGGCCUUAUUCUGCAUGGAAGCAAUUGGCCUCAGUGAGAAGGUAUCGGUAUCCACUGUACAGAAAAAGAAAUUACCAACCGAUGCACUACGACUACGAAGACGACCUACAACUACCAGAAGAAGGGAACGACCAAGAGGCAGGAAUGGACUACCCCGACUAUCCUAUCUACCCACGACCGUCGCUAUUCAGGGAACGUAACAUCAUGAACCAGGAACAGCUGAUGGAGGCUUUGGAGGAGGAGGAGAAGGAGGCGGAGGAGAGGGAGAAGAAGGAGUUGAUGCUGGAGAAUGAAGGGUAUUUCCACGAGGUACCAGAGGAGGACAUGAAUGGGCCAGGUCGGGUAGCAAUGACUGACAACUCUUAUGUAAACCAUCUAUAUGGCCUCCCUUACUCAGACCUUCAGAGACUUAACCAAAUGUACGAAUAUGGGAAACGCUUUGAAGAUGAGGAUGUUGAUGAUACUGAAGGCUAUCCACCUCUCAUCCCACCUUACUACUACGUAAAUGAGAACGUACCUAGCUUACCUGUUUCACCUGUAGCUACGAAGACCAUGGCCCCAACUGCAACUGGCCGGUUCUACGAUGCCCUGAGCUACGUUAGGAAGCGCGCCACGGAGGUCAGCCCGAAGUACAGCGAGGAGGAGAUGCCCUUUGAGGAUGCUGAGUCUGUGAGAGCGAAGAAGCCACAGCAGUAUUUGACCUCAGCGGCUGGGAGAUACUGGAGGGUCAGAGAUGAGCAGCGACAGCAGGAGGAACAGCAGAAGACUCCCUCCUCCUCCUCCUCCUCCUCAAUUCGCGACCCCGCCAUGAUGAUCAGAAGGAGGAAGAGGAACACCACACCCACAACCACAGCGACCUCUACCACCAACUCACCGGCCACCACACAAGCAACCAAGCGCAGGAAAACUAUCAACACGGCACCACCGACUCGGAAACCCAAAACCACCACAACAACCACCACCAAGCCUCACCACCGCCUUGCCACAACCACCUCCAUGGCUCUCACCACGACCUCAGCGCCACACCACCGCGACCACAGGAGCAAGAGGGCCUUCAGCGACUACUUCAAAUGGGAGAAAAGAGGAGAGGAUGAGGAGGAGGAAGAGGAGGAGGAGGAAGAGGGGGAUAAGGACAUUGAUGACUUCCUAACCAGAGAGUAUUUCAAGAGUAUUGCUAGGUCGGUUGGGCAGAAGAGAAAGAGGAUGGCCUAUGCAGAGUUUGAACCAGAGGCGGACGAGGACAAGAGGAAGAGGAAGAGGGUGCCAUCAUCGUCAUCAACAGCCCCAACCUUAGUCUCCCUGCAGGAUAUCAUCAACAACCCUGAGAUUUUGCAGUUUGUGAAGGAUAAAUUAAAAGAGGUGGAGGCAGUGAUGGCGCAAGAGGCCCAAGGUACAGCAGAAUGGCCAAGGUCGGGCACACAGGAGGAGGCUGAGCACAGGGAGAUGAGCAGGGCAGUUCUUCGUAUGGACGCCCUUAACCAUAUGCGCGAGUCUCUGAGCCAAAUGCAGCGCCUCCAGCAGGAACAGGCAGGGAGGAGACUUGGCGGACGAAGAGAAAUCCAGCUUAUAGAACAGGAGAGGAAGAGGGCAGCAGCACAGAGGGAGGAGGAGGAGGAGGAGGAGGAAGAGGAGUGGAGGAGGAGGAGCAUGGAGGGAGGAGUAGGAGGAGGCAACCAGAAGAGGAGUGUGAGGAGGAGAUUGAGAAGAGGAGAUGAUAUUGCCGACCUGUUCUUGGGAAAUGAUAAGGAAGAAUGCCCGGUGCUGUGGAUGAUCCUUCACAGCUGCAGCGACGUGAGCGUGAAGGUCGGGGACGAGGGCCAGGUGUUCCUGCCCGCCUGCAUCAAGCACGAGAUCUGCUACAGCUGCGGCGCCAGUCAGGGCAUCAGCGGGCAUGAGUGUGACGCCGUGCUGUCCUCCGCCCUUGAAGCCGCCUGCCCCGCCCGCUCCCUGGACUGCCUCGCCGCCGCCGGGUCCACCUUCUCCACCCUCAGCCGCCCCGGGAAGUACGACGCCGGGGGGACCUGCGCCCACGACCCCUGUGUCAUCCACUUCCUCGAGUCCCGUUGAGAAGGAGGAAGGGUGGCGCUGCUGGUGACAAGCUGAUGAUUAUGAUGAUGUGGUUUUGGUUUGAGUUUGGUUGAGUUUGAGUAUUUGUGAUGAUGUGAUUUGGUUGGUUGGUAUUGGUGGUGGUGUUACUACUACUACUACUACUACUACUACUACUACUACUACUACGACUACUACUACUACUGUUCUCACCUCCACUGUCAUUCUACUUUCCUUCCUUCCUUCCUUCAUUCAUUCAUUAUCUCGUUUUUCCUCUUUCUUCUUAAUUCCUUGCCUUUCCAUCUUUGCUUCCUUCCUUCCUUCCUUUCUUAGUUUCCUUCUUUUCUUCCUUUCGUUCUUGUCUUCCUUCCUUCAUUGUGAAAAGUGAAGGGCCCCUCGCGCUUUGGUCCUAAAUAUAAGAAAUUGGAAAAAAAAAUGAAGUAAUUUGAAAGUAUAAAAGAAAAGAAAUGGAAAAGAUACGAAAAACGGAAAAUAUGUAAAGAAAAGAGAAGUGAUCAAUGGAGAAAAAAAUAGGAGAAAAAAUGUAAGAAAAGUAAAAAUGAAGGAAAAAAAAGAAAAGGAACAAGCGGCAAAUCACUAACAGAAGAAGAAGAAGAAGAAGAAGAAGAAGAAGAGGAACAAGAACAAGAAAAUGAAGACAAAGAAAAAAAAAGUUACACCUUGUCAGCAAAAAUAAAACAAAUAAAAACAAAAAAAUAAAAUAAAGAGUUAAGAAACUUGACACACGAAUAAAAAACAAAAUAUCAGUAACCAAAACAACGUACACUAGACAACCAACAAUACAAUAACAUAGCAAACAUAUCAACCUAAACCAGCGCUAUUCAACCUAACUAUAUAAAAAAACGUAAUAAGAUUCAACUAACACCAAAUUAAACAUGACGAAAACAAAUACAAAAUCAUAUCCAUUUUAGCGAGUCCGACAAAGCGAGACUCACCAUAUGACAACACUCUUCUUUAACCCCGUACCUGUUUAUCGUGACAGCAUGAGUCUACCAAUAGUAACCAGUUAUCUGUAAAUACCCAGCCCACAGAAAAACGAAGCAAGAUUAAACUAACACCAAUUUAAACCUAAGGAAAUAAAAACUAUCGUAUCCAUUUUAGGUGAGGUAUAAUGUCGAAAACUAAGCUGAUAUUCAUUUUAGGUGAGGUAUAAUGUCGGAAACUAAGCUGAUAUUCAUUUUAGGUGAGGUAUAAUGUCGAAAACUAAGCUGAUAUUCAUUUUAGGUGAGGUAUAAUGUCGGAAACUAAGCUGAUAUUCAUUUUAGGUGAGGUAUAACGUCGAAAACUAAGCUGAUAUUCAUUUUAGGUGAGGUAUAAUGUCGGAAACUAAGCUGAUAUUCAUUUUAGGUGAGGUAUAACGUCGAAAACUAAGCUGAUAUUCAUUUUAGGUGAGGUAUAAUGUCGAAAACUAAGCUGAUAUUCAUUUUAGGUGAGGUAUAAUGUCGAAAACUAAGCUGAUAUUCAUUUUAGGUGAGGUAUAAUGUCGAAAACUAAGCUGAUAUUCAUUUUAGGUGAGGUAUAAUGUCGAAAACUAAGCUGAUAUCCAUUUUAGGUGAGGUAUAAUGUCGAAAACUAAGCUGAUAUUCAUUUUAGGUGAGGUAUAAUGUCGGAAACUAAGCUGAUAUUCAUUUUAGGUGAGGUAUAAUGUCGAAAACUAAGCUGAUAUUCAUUUUAGGUGAGGUAUAAUGUCGGAAACUAAGCUGAUAUUCAUUUUAGGUGAGGUAUAAUGUCGAAAACUAAGCUGAUAUUCAUUUUAGGUGAGGUAUAAUGUCGAAAACUAAGCUGAUAUUCAUUUUAGGUGAGGUAUAAUGUCGAAAACUAAGCUGAUAUUCAUUUUAGGUGAGGUAUAAUGUCGAAAACUAAGCUGAUAUUCAUUUUAGGUGAGGUAUAAUGUCGGAAACUAAGCUGAUAUUCAUUUUAGGUGAGAUAUAAUAUCGGAAACUAAGCUGCUUUCAUUAAGACCAAGGGCUGGCUAGGAUGGGCUGGCUACAAGGGGAAGGAGGGAUGCUUGUAUAAAGAGAUUCAAUUGGCUGGCUGAAUAGUUAAAGAUGAUAUACAAUUAUUAAUACAUUCAUGCUGUCACGAUAAACAGGUACGAGAUAAAGAACGACACUGUUACCAUAUGAUGAGACUCACUUUGUCAGACUCACUAAAAAGAAAGAAGAGUUUAUCUAUUAUUUUAUGGCUGGGUAGUUACAGAUAGACUGGUAACUAUUGAUGCAUUCAUGCUGUCACGAUAAACAAGUACGAGGUAGAAGAACGACACUGUUACCAUAUGAUGAGACUCACUUUGUCAGACUCGCUAAAAUGGAUUGAAGUAAAGAUAGAAGAGUUUACUUAAUUAUCUUCUUAAGUUUCUAGAAUUUUCGACAUUAAGAGGAAAUAUGGAUAAAAAGAAGAAGUUGAACAGCACUGGCCUAGGUAAUUUAUAUGCAUGGAAUAAGAUAAAUGAUAAUAAAAAAUUGUAUAAAAAUAAUCAGUGUUCUGUCCUUGAGUUUUUAGAAGUUGUUGAAGACGAAAAUAAAGGGAAAUGAAUAGAAGUUGAGAGAAAGGAUGUUUGAAUGAGAGAAUAAAAAGAUAAUGAUGAUGUUGAUGAUAGUGAAAGUUAUGAUGAAUGAGAGAGAGAUAAGAGAGAGAAAAAGAGAGAAAAAUAAACAAUAGCCUAUCUUCGUCGCUUUACCUUCUCUCUCUCUCUCUCUCUCUCUCUCUCUCUCUCUCUCUCUCUCUCUCUCUCUCUCUCUCUCUCUCUCUCUCUCUCUUCUCACCAAAAAAUAACUUCACCGGAAAACAUAAACAAACAAAAGAAGACAAAAACACUGUAACAAAUGAACAAAAAGGACUUACUCUAAAAAAAAUACGACUGUCUGUGUGUAUAACCUUCCCAUUUCUCUCUAUACAGGGUUAAUAAUAUAUGUGUAUAAUAUGGAUUUAACUAAGACUGUAUAAUCUGCCUUCUCUAAUCUCCCGUAUGAUGAUGAUGACGAUGAUGAUGAACUUACGUGCCUAUAACUCUUGUGGCUCUUGCUGAUAUAAAUAAAUGAAGGUAUUGAAGAUUUUUUUAUGUAGAUGCAAAAGAAGAACAAAUAAGGAGGAAUUUUGGUGAUUUUCUUGGGUUUAAUGGAUUAGAUUGAGAGAGAGAGAGAGAGAGAGAGAGAGAGAGAGAGAGAGAGAGAGGGGGGGGGGGUUGAAAAGAAGAAGAAAUGAGGAAUAAUGAUAAUAAUAAUGAUAAUAACAAUAAUAAAUAAAUAAAUAAAUAAAUAAAUAACGCCGCUUUGAACUAAAAAUAGAAACAAUAAAAUAAUAAAAUACAUAAAUAAACAAUAAAAUAAUAAUAAUAAAUAACAGCAGCCAUAAUAAUCCUAACAUAGGGUCCAUAAUAAAAAUAAUAAUAAUAAUAAUAAUAAUAAUAAUAAUAAUAAUAAUAAUGGAGCGAGAGGUUUGAUUAAGAGGGAGCGAGAGGUUGAGUGGCGCCAUCUAUGAGGAAGAAAAUGAAAGUCUUAUAUUUUAACGGAGACUGAACUGGAGGGGAAAAAUGGCACUUAUAUUUGAAAAGAACAUGAUUUUUACUUGUUUUGGGUGUAAUAAGAAGCAUUUAAACCUGCUAAUGACUUUUACCUUUUCCCUCCCUUGUGUUUCUUUUAUAUAUUACAAAAAAAAAGAUUUCCCACUUAUUUGAACUUGAUGAGAAAGCAUUUAAACCUACUAAUGAUCUUGAUAAACUCCUUCCUGUCUCUUUCUUCUGCUAUCUUAUUAAAACCUAACUUCCGAUUAAUUUAAAUUUGAAAAGAAAACAUUUAAGCUACUAAUGAUCUUGAUAAACUAUUUUCUGUCUCUCAUUAUUCUUCUAUCUUAUCAAAACCUAACUUCCGAUUAAUUUAGAUAUGAGAAGAAAGUAUUUGAAUCUACUAAUGACCUUGAUAAACUUUUUUCUGUCUCUCUUUCUUCUGCUAUCUUAUCAAAACUUAACAUCAGAUUAAUUUAAAUAUGAGAAGAAAGUAUUUGAAUCUACUAAUGAUCUUGAUAAACUCUUUUCUGUCUCUCUUUCUUCUGUUAUCUUAUCAAAACUUAACAUCAGAUUAAUUUAAACUUGAAGAGAAAGCAUUUGAACCUACUAGUAUAUCUUUCUAAUAUCUAACUUCUACUAAUACUCUUUCUUAUUCCUCUUAUAAAUUACAAAAAUUAACAUGAUUUCAAACUUAUUUAAACUUGAUGGAAAGCAUUCAACCCUCUUAUGACUUUAUGAUCCUUUUCCUCUCUCUCUCUUCUAUUCCUCUUCCGCAUUUCCAAAACGACCUUACUAUAUUCUACCCACGUACAUCAAUAUAUACCUACAUACACUUAUACCACGAUGUAACAGGUAUCCAGAAAGUAUUACGUACUUACUCCACUAAUUCAGUAUCUGUGUGCUUCAUUGUCGAACGAAAUGAUAAAUAAAAAGUAAUAAUAUCGAUAAUAAUAUAAUAAUGAUAAACCAUGUAUUGUGUCUAUGUUCCGAGACAGUCAUGUGUAUGUGUUUUGGUGACCUGUGUUAUGUACGUGUCAUGGUGGCCUGUGUACGUGUUCCGAGGUGUUCUUGAGGUCAUGUGCUGUGUGACGUAAUGGUGUGAUGACGUCAGCGAAUGAGACGGAAUUUCUGGCUACACUUCGUAAAGAUUUGGACAUAUCAUUCGUCUUCCCUGAAGCUAUAGUGAGACCAGUUUGUCCAGACCGUUUCGGCGUUGUCUGUUCCUUGUGUUUCUUUGUCCGCCACGCUGCCACAUCUAUCUCCAAGUGUCAGAUUAGAGCGUAAGUGGGAAGUACAGCCUGUGUUGCCAAAUCUACCGAAAUAUAUUGAGCUUUACUGAAAUUUUGAUGAAUCUCAGAAAUAAUUGAUCAAUCUCGUGAAUUACUUGUGGCAGGGUGGUGGUGGUGGGGUUAGGGAGAGGACACAUAUGCGAGAGACAACGCUGAAACGACCUGUACAAACUGUAACCACUGUAAUACUAAUACCAAUACUAAUACUAAUAAUGACACUAAUACUAAUAAUGAUGAUGAAGGGGAUUUCUGAGUAUGUGUAAAUUAUUUUCAACCUAUUAUAUAAAACUUAAAAUCUUGCCGAAAACUCCGUCUCUGCGCUGGGAGGAAAUAUUACUCGAUAUUACUUUUAAAUGUUCGGAAAAAAUAUCUAACGCUUACUUAAUUAUUUUUUGGGGUGUGUGU